GGAAGUCUUCCCUUUUCUUAAACAAUCACAAGCGCAGAAAUAAACUAUUUACAUCGGAGUAGCACAACAUAAACCAGUGAACGGCGUAUGGAACUAUAGUAUACGGAAAUAUGUUCAACUAGUCGAAAUAAAAGAUUUUCACUAGGAGAACUGAACAAAAGGUCCGAACAGGGUGCUGGACCAAAUUCAGGACUUUUGCCAGAAUCAAUUUAGGAAACUUUCCAGAACAACUGCUUCAUAAAAAACAGAAGGUAAAUAUUCUGAAAGGUAAAUCAGAGUUCAUGUUUGCACACAUAUAUUUAGCCAUAAGAUAGAAAUAAAUAUAUCGUACUGAUUUCGACUGACUAUAUCUAGAUAUCUCUUGCAAUUAUUACACAUCACCAUAUCUAUUGUUUUAGUAGCAUUUGUCUGAGUAAAGUAUGAUACAGGAUGCUUCUAGCUUCGGGAGCAGUAACCCUGUUCAAAUGAGAUAUCCUUUUUAUGGUCAAGAAAGAACAUAUCCUACGUAGGGUACUAAGCUUUUUGUAACUCAAUAGAACUGUUAAAAAUACUAACUCUUAGCUGCAUUAACGAAGCAAGAGAAUGUCCCGCACUACUUUUAGCUAGGUUUUGCAGCAUAUUUUACAUAUAUUUUUUUUUAUAUUUUACAUGAAAUCCGUUGGCCAGGUCCAUGUUAACUGUGUCGAAAUUGCUUUAUAGUUUAAAUAAAAGUCAUCUAACUGAAUUGAUUGCCUUCACAGUAGCCUGGGAAUCCAGUCUGCCAAUUUCUUUUUUUUUCUACCUGCAAAUUGAGAUAAUAUCAGAAACUCGAUGAAUGCCAAUUAACACUAAUUAGAGCAAAUUAAGCGAUAUCUUUAAUGCAUAAAUAUUAGGUAUGAUUUCUUCUGACAAAGCAUAAAUAUUAUCAACGGCUUCCCAGGCUACCUUCACAGCAGUAUUCUAUUAGAACAGGAAGAGAAUAGUUAUUUAAUCGGUGCAAAAAGAAAAAAGAAACAAAAAGAGAAUGUCAUUGUUUGUACAAAAGGAAAAUACACAAUAUACUGUCAGGUUAAGUUAAACACAACAUAUAUAUCUUUAGUGUCAUUUAAAGUUUAUUUUUAUGAUGUGGUUUGUGAAAAAGACGUGAUUGCUAUCUCUUUCAGUGUUUUCAAAAUGUGUGUUUUGAAGUGGUAUAAUUUUGCAGCCGUCUUGCUUUUUACCUGCAUUCUUAAACUGGGGCAUGGCAAGUUGAAAGAACCGGAUUUUGACAGCGGAUGGGUAUUAAUUACCUCCGCGAACAGCUGGCCGGAAAGAAGCAAGGCUAUGAGAACCUUCAAACAUGGCUUCGAUGAGUCACCUUUACUUGUAGACGUUCAAGUCAAAGCUGUAGACGGUCCCAACAAAGGCUUUAUAUUUCCAGGGACAGGUCACGUGAUAAGGGAUGACGACCGCCGAUAUCCUUUUGGAAAUGUUGCCUAUAUAUACGAUAAUACAUCUAUAAUGGUCUCUGCACCUGUCCGAUGGAAUGCCAUGCUUGGAUAUUGUAUUUAUACAGGAUUUUCUCGAUACUGGGAAGGACCAGCAGACCAGAAAAGCUAUUCAGCGCUUGUACGUGCCAGGGCUUGGAAAGCUGGGUCUAUGCCGAAACCCGAUUUUACCUCACGAGGCAUUAAACUGACCGCUGCCUCAGGACGGAGGGAAGAUUCGUAUGUAUCAGUGCAUCAUGGACUUUCAGCACAUCCGUCUUUGGUCAUUUCUAGAAUCAGACUUCCUCAAGGAAAUGAAUUUGCCAAUUUUUAUGCAGAUUCAGUUGGGUCAGGAUCUAUCAUCUACACAAGCUACACUGACAACGAAAGAAGCGGCUACGUGAUUUAUGGAUUUGAUAAUUCCUCGAUUCGAGUAUGGGUUCCUUCUCGUCCAUGGGGAUAUGUGUUCAGUGGUGGUGAAGGAGGAGCAGGUUUUAAUAUCAAAGUAAAAACAGGUAUCCUUGAACUGUAUGCAUGGCGGGAGGAGAGUUUGACACCAAGUUUUACAUCAAAGAAAACUCUUUCUCCUACUCGUAUAAGAUCAUCCGAUUUGACAAUGCACUUUAACGAGGAAAGAGGUGAAAACGAAACAUUUACAAGAGCAUGGGUACAAGCAACUGACGGUGUGAAUUCCGGCUAUCGUUUUGUUGGUAAUGGUGCACUUGCGUAUGACAGAUAUAUCGUGUCUAGACCAUGUAGUUACGGGGGACUUGUCUAUGCAUACACAAACAGUACAAUGCGAUUCUGGAAGCCAGGAAGAGCGACCAACGGAGCGGUAAUUUGUCUGCAAGAUAAACUUGGAGAAGGCACAAAUACGCAAGCUUCUUCGCAUGGAAUAGCAAUUGUAAAAAGUUGGCAAUUAGGUCAGAUUAAUAUAUUUACCAAUAGCUGCGUUGAAUUAGGUAUUCAUAAUGUCUAA